AUGGCAUCAUCGGUCCAACAACAACAAAUAUUAUCGGUAUUUGGUGAAAGUGAUGACACUCGAGGCGCCUCAAAGGCACUUGAGGUGUUCACCAUAGACACCAAAGACCCAUGCGCCCCUCUUCAAGCCGCGAAACUGUCACAAGGUUCAGGUGCUGAUUCAAUCCUUUGGACUGGCACUGAAUUUACACGGUCAACGUCAGCUGGAAACUUCCGUCUGUAUAAAGACGCAAGUGGUAUUUUUGGUAUCUGGGUGCCGAACUCGCCGGCUUUUUACUCAGAUGGUAUCCCACCAAACAUAUCUGCUCCGGAUACUUUGU